AGGAAGCUCAGGGGUACGCAUGGGUGGUGGUGUGGCUCCGCCUCAGGGUGAUCCAGAUUAAUUGACUGAUCCCAUCAGGUGGAGGCUGAUUUCCUCAGCUGCUCGCAGACAGAGCAUCACUGUUUAUCCUGGACUCCCCAGCUGAUCGCACAGCUUUCAUGUCCGUGGGCUGAACAGCAGGCAAGGACUAAGAUCAAGAGUGCUGCAGCCAUACCUCAGGAAUAGUCCUCUGUUUACCCCUUUGACAAAGUAGAGGAGGUAACUUUUUAGGUUAAAGUGCCAGGGGCCACAGAUUCAUAUUCAGAUAAAGGUCUAAAACAUCCCCAAAACCACCAGCAAUGGGUAAUAGCAAGAGUGGAGCUGUGUCCAAGGAGAUCCUGGAGGACCUGAAGCUCAACACCAAGUUCUCAGAGACUGAGAUUGUCCAGUGGUACGAAAACUUCAAGAAACAGUGUCCAACAGGCCGCAUCACAAAAGAGGAGUUUCAGACAAUCUACAGCAAGUUCUUUCCAGACAGUGAUGCCAAUACAUAUGCUCAACAUGUCUUCCGCUCCUUUGACACAAAUGAUGAUGGCACUCUGGACUUCAAGGAGUACAUCAUUGCCCUCCACAUGACAUCAACAGGAAAGACCACCAGGAAACUGGAAUGGGCCUUCUCACUGUUUGACGUAGACAAGAAUGGAUACAUCACCAAGUCAGAGACCAAAGAAAUUUGCACGGCAAUUUUUAAGCUGAUUCCCAAAGAGGAACUGAUGAAGUUGCCUGAAGAUGAAAACACAGCUGAAAAGAGGGCAGAUAAACUCUGGAAAUAUUUUAACAAGGGUGACAAUGACCGAAUCGCAGAAGGGGAGUUCAUCCAGGGAGUUUUGGAUAACGAAGAUGCUCUCCGCUUGAUUCAGUAUUCACCUUUAAAGUAGCUGUUCCAGCAAACAUUUUCACCACGUAUUUCUCCCGUCCUGUCACUGUGUAUGUCUUUUUUUACUUCAGUCUGCUAACGCACCUGACAACACCUUCACAGAACACGAGCACACUGCAGGUGUGAUGAUAAUGCCCCAUUGGCCUACAUUAAACAAUGACAGAACCGUGUGGGGUUUUAUAAUAUUGAUUGAAUGCCCAUAUGUGCUGUCUGAGUUAUUUAAAUGAAUGUGGAAGAUAAAAAUGGGACAAACUGUAAGUACAGUAAAAGUCACCGUAGUCGAAGUUGCACAAAUCGGCUUUUCAUUUUAGUGCGAUGGCUUCUACAGGUCCCCAUUUUUUCUAACAUUAAUUCCAAUAAAAUCAUCACCUAAGUCGGAUGAAAAAUCUGGUCCUCAGCUCACUUCCGUGCAUCGACUCGUUCAUGCACAACUACACACACUAACAAUGCCUGGAGAUCGCGUGAGCGCCUAUAGUCACGUAAUGUCUGGAUUGGCUGCACUGGGUGAAUCAGUUCAUUUCACCGGAGACAAUCAUGGCAAGCGUAAGCUACAAACUCGCACUUAUGAGCAGAAAUACGAGAUUAUAAAAUUUGUGGAAGCAGAAGCUAUUGCAGCGAAAUUCGAUAUUAGACCCCAAACUGUCGGAAAUUUUGAAGAAUCAGAUUUUUACACUUACAGAGAAGACGGACUUUUACAAGUCAGAUGAAAUUCCAUGAACCACUUAGGACUGACUUAGGCGAUGUUUACUGUAUUUCAAAUUUCAAAGUAUCAUAUGAAGUGCUUGUUGAGCAGCGCCUGACAGCAACAUCCCCUCGAAAAUGUGUGAACAAACUUCUACACAUGUAAAUAAAAUGUGCAACUUCUGCUACCUUAUUCACUGAAUACAAUAGAUGAGGCACAUUUAAAAGCAUUUAGUUUGAAUUUCUUAAGAAGAUGAAAACUAUAACCUGUCAUGCGGAGUAGUUAAAUUAUUACUACCAUAAAAUAUGUUCUACCUCCUUGUCUAUCCUGAACCAACAUAUAGCCCCCGGUGUAACUACAGUAAACGCAGGAGGUAUGCAUUAUUCUUGUCUCAUUUCAUGUCUUUUACAUACUUCAUUUCAUCCAUAUGUCUCAAUCUUUAAUGUUUGAUGUCCUAGUUAAGAUGUGAAUAUGGCAAAUAGACUUGUUACUGUAAGACAACAUGUGAAACCAAGUCUUGAUCCUGUACAAUACAAUGUAUAAAUCAAGAUAAUGAAAUUAUAAUAAAAUGUAAUUGUCAAAAGUC